AUGGCAUCAAACCAAAUAGACGACGAAGACCUGACAUUCACCUGCUGCGCGCCCCUUCGCGCCUCAGAACUCCUCCGGCCCGUCGAGGUCGGCGAGAUCGGCGGCUACGGACACGCCGGCAAGUCGACAUUCCUGGCGUGGCCCAUCUUCGGACCUCUGCUGUUCCAGAAUGAGACGAGCGACGCGCGGGAUCACUGCGCGAACGAGAGGACAUUCCUUUCGUACCUGAGACUCUCGGUGUACAUGUCCAUCGUCUCCGUCGCCAUCGUGCUCUCCUUCCACCUGAAGAGCGAGCCGAGUCAGUUGGAGCUGCGGAUGGCGAAACCGCUCGGCAUCAUCUUCUGGUGCCUCGCCGUUUCGUGUUUGUGUCUUGGGUUGGGUAAUUACAUCAAAACGGUGAACAAGUACAGUCGCAAGGCGGCCAUCGUACAGACCGGUUGGCGAACGCAACUCGUGCUCUCCAUCGUAGCCCUGAGCAUCGUAGGAACCUGCAUAGUCCUGCUGGUGAUCACCAAGCUUGCGAGCAACGACGAUUCAGAUACCUUCAAGUCGGGUGUCUCGGCGGCACACGUAUUGAAGUAG